AUGGCCCGCCUGGAGAUACCAAGUAUAGUGGUGCAUAAAGGCAGCAGGUCGCACAGCCGACCUGAGAGUCCCACGGUGGUGGUGCGAGGAGGAAUGCCCUCACUGCCAUCCUCCAGGCAAGGCUUCGAUACGUCAUAUCGGAACAGCCCUGAGUCGGAUAUGAUAGACGGGAAUGCCAAUCCGAAUGUCGGCUCUUCUCCCGCACCGAAUUCGCUCCACCGUAGCUCACCCUCAUGUCCCCCCGAUAAAUCAGACACAGAGAACAAAAACUUUCGUAAUAGGACGAAUACGAAAGUGAAGCUGCUGGUCAGGAGUCAUGCUAUGAGAGAGUCGACCUCUCCCCCGAGGGAGCCACACAACGGUUCGUCGUCUCCGCAUAGUCCACAAUCGGUGGACGGUGAGAAAAAGUUCGCGGGUAGCCUGUCUCCUAAUUCCACUAACGCCAAGCUCAACAACAACGAGUCAAUGUUCAACAGUAAUCUCUGUCCGAACCAAUCCCCGAAGCAGAUGCGCACCACGGCCACUUCACCUACCUGUCGAGCUCCGUCAAGAAAUGGUCAAUCUAGUCCUUCUCAAGUUCACUCACCAAAGAAUAACACUUCGCCAACGAACGGCAAUAAGUCGGAGAAUCAUCGUUCCAAGAUGACAGGCUCGAACGUGAUCCAGAAAUGCAAUAAUUGCGUGAAGAACAAUCAGAAUGACCGGCCCGGCUUACUACAAACGCCCGUGUCCCCGUCAAAGUCAGGCCAGGUGUUGCAGCACUCGCAAAAGUGCACGAACCUGGCACAGAACGCGCACAACAAUCAUCAGAAGUCGGAACAACGUAGACCGAACACGUUGAACAUAUGCAACAACCAGUGUUCGAAUCAAUGCGGCAACACGUUGUCCGUGAGCAGGCCAGGCUCGCGGCACAAGCUGAGGCAUCAGAAUUCCUCGCAGGGUAGCUUCGACAGCGCUUCUCCUUGCCUCUCACGAGAUAGCAGUACGGAAUUGUACACGGACAGUACAGGAAUAGAUCUGGAACAUUUCAUCGCGGAGACCAUAAAUCGUAAUCAGAAAGACCGCACGGUGCUGUUGAAAAUCGAAAAAGAUCUGAUAGAGUUCGCCAAGGACAAACAGAAAGUCUGUCACAAGUUUCCAAACAUGUCCUCUUACAAUAGGAUGCUAGUGCAUCGCGUAGCGGCUUACUUCGGCAUGGAGCAUAACGUGGAUCAAUCCGGUUCCAGCGUGAUAGUCACCAGAACGAAGAACAUGCGAAUUCCAAACACCCGUUUCAAGGAACACAUCAGGGAUGAUUUAAUUUUAUCAGAGGAGCCGCGUAGGAGUAUCCUGAAGAGAGAUUCCAGUUCGUUCGAGGACAGCUUCAACUUCAAGUCCCCUGACAGGCUAUCCGGUGACUACUGUCGACAGAAUAAGAGUUUCGAGGAGAGGGAGGAGGAGUACGAACGCGCCAGACGAAGGAUAUUCAAGGAUAGCAGCGGAGAAUGCAGCGAGGUUGCAUCUUGGCCCUACUGGUCUUCUUCGGAAAGCUCCGACGUUUCCGCGAGAUAUCGUUUGUUGCAUCCUUCGGAUCACACGAUGAGGCAAACGAAGCUCAUGAAGGGGGAAUCCUUCGAUGGAAGGGAAUCCUGUCGAGGUUCGGUGAUGAGGCCAUCCGUAUCCAAGUCUUUCAGCUUCGGUGGCUACACCAGGGGCAUGCUUUCCAGAGGGGACAGCGUCACAUCUACUCACAGCGCUGGAGCUCGCCUCAUGAAGCAAGAUUCAGGCGCUAGCAUGUGUUCACGGCUGAGCCCUUCUAGCAGCGGUUACAAGUCGCAGAGUCAACGUAGCGACGCCACGAUAUCGCCGUCUCCCUCGCCAUCUCCUGUGCCGACCAUGACCUGUAGUCACACGCAAGUAUCUAGUCACGAUCUCGCUUCUCCAGAAUCGAACAACCAAACGGUGAUGUGGGCAGUCACCAGUAUAUCCAGCGUGCCGCCAGGUAGCAUAAUUAUAAAUCCGCAAACGAACCAGCCGUACACAAAUCCGGAUGGUUCGAUCUAUCGCUUCGAUCCGGAGAACCCACCAAAAUUUUAUACCGCUGCUACGUCGCCGCAUGAGAACGAGACUAACAACGUGUCGCCCGUGAAAAACGUGGAAUCAUCCGAGCCAUCCAAAGUAACAUGUAACACGAAGAACGAGAACAGGAAGAGGUCGCAAUCCAAUAAGCACAACGGUGGUGGUGGUAACACAACGACAGUGACUCAUGUGACAAAUUCAGCGACAUCGCCAAGUUUACCGUUCACGCCACCGCCACAGCAAAAUUCUCGACCACCUCAGCAACAACUGCAGCAGCAGCAGCAACAGCAACAACAACAACAACAACAACAACAACAACUGCAGCAACAGCAACAGCAGCUACAAUCACAGCAGCAACAGCAGCACCAGCAACAACAUCAUCAGCAGCAACAAUCUCUAGUCAAAUCGUCAUCGACGGUGCAAACUUGUAAUCAUAACCAAACAGCUCAACCAUACACGACCUACGUACCUACCUCAGAACCGUACAACCAUGGUGUCUACCAACCCCAAGUGGGACAGCAGACUGUGAUGAUGGCUCCUCAUCCGAGUCAGGGUCAGGCGAACAUUCAAAGUAAUGGUCAGGGGGAUGUGUUUAAUCAGAAUUCGGUUUACGCGAAUUAUGCAGUACCUGUGCAGCAAGGACCAGUGUCACAGACAACGGAGAUUACCGAAUUGUCUGGCUAUUUUAUGGGGAUGAGUAUCUACGAUCAACGCGUCCCUGGUGAUAAUCAUUCGACGCCGCCGCAUUCUUAUCCGCAACCGCAACCGUCUACCAAUCAAGCGGUGCAGAGUGUGCAGACUAUGCCGCAGAAUUAUUGGCAGCCACCACCCAAUUCUGUACCGCCACAACAAACGAUGUACUUCGUACCUCCAACUGGUGCAGCGCUUUCGGUUAGUCAGGGUCCAGGCGAUAGGCAACAGUUGCAUCAACAGCAAAGAUUCACGCCAAAUUAUUCUUUUAAUGCACAAACCAUGACUCCUCCGAGCCAAUCAAAUUCUACUAAUUAUGUGGGCAGUUAUCCAGUCCCUUAUAAUUCUAUGCCCGCUGUCACACCAACACCGAGCGAUUAUACGUAUCAACCACCGGUUCACAUGGUCCCAACGUACUAUCCACCAAGUCAAACGGCGAUUCAACCACCACCCGUCAUGUACAGAGUACCAACACCACCGAACACUCCGACUUCUAAUCAGAUGCCUGGGAUGCCAUUGAUGUACGUGAAUUCUGGUAGCUAUCCACCACCAACGAUGAUGUCUAAUGGAACAUUUGGCCACCAAGUCGGGCACAAUGGCACACCUCCUGCGCCUCCAGGAACAUACAUGACUCCUGCGCUGGUUCCCAAUCUCGUUUUCAGACAAAAUGUUCCCGUCGUCACUGGUGUUCGAGCUUCAACGCCAGGUAACUCUCAGAGGACUAGCAGGUCUCCGACUCCAGCACACGAGCUGUUCGGAAGUGGGAGCGGGGACAGAAGCGCACAACCCCAAUCACGCUACCCACUGCCAAUGUAUCAGGGUGUCCAUAUUGUGCAAGGGGAUAUGAGAUUGAUGCAUCCAGCGGUACCAGCGAAUCCUCGGUUGCAGUAUGCACCAGUACCACCAUCACCACCUGUUGUUCAAGGCUGUCCACGACCUUACAGACCUCCAUCUUACUCAUCGAACACCUCAGGUGCUGGUACACCAACCUCGUUUGAUGGGAGAAAUCAGAAAAUUCGGAAACAUAGGUCCAAGGUAGCACCGUUUCCACCAUCAGGCGCGCGGCCCAAUCUUUAUCAAACUCCUUCCAUGCCGUCGUUCUCAUCUAACGUGCCGAAAGAUAUCAGAGAAGGGACCGUGAAGGUGACAAUCACCCGUCGUAACCAACUGGUACAAUAUUAAAAGGUACCUGGGCCAAUUUUGGGGGAGAAGAUCAGCGACGACGAUGAACGCAAAGACAAUUAAAAUCGUUGCAGGCUGAUUGAGAAAAAAAGAAGCAACAACAACAGAGGAACCGAAUAGCAGCUCGUGAUUUACCUACCGCUAUACAUACACGAUUCUUAUUAAUAUUAACAAUAUACUUUUCAUUAAAAUAUCUAAAAGAAGAGAAUAUAAAAAAAGCACACACUGAUAGAUUACUAAAAACAAAAAAAAAAAAAAUAAUUCACGUGUUACAAAGGCGAGGGAGGAACGAACUGGAGCGAAGAGAACCACCCUAAGAUAAGAGCGAAACACGUUACAUACAUCCCUUUUGAUAAAACGCGGAGAACGAUGAAAAUAAAAAGAAGAAAAGAAAAAUGAAAAAAAAAAAUUGAAAUCACGUUGAAUUCGUUUAUCCGUACCGAUAUUAUAUAGCAAAAAAAAAAAAAAAGAAAAAAAAAUGGAACUAUCAGGAUUAUUGAAGAGAAUAAGAGAGAAGGUGAGACUCAGCAGGGAGGAACAUGUAUGUGUGCGUUGUUUUUUGGCGUAG